CGAGCGCUGAGCCAGUCGCUGGCGCAGGCGAUGGUGGUGGUGUCCCAGCUGCAGUUCGGCGACUACCUAAACAAACCUUGCUACGCUCCCGCGGCCGCCCAGCUCCCGCGACCUCUGACCCUGGCCACCAAACUCCGUCGCGGCGACUUUGACAUCCUCAUCAUCCACAGCCAGUACGGGCUGAUGGUGGGCGAGAUCAAGUCGGUUGGCGCCAACAUGGCGGACCUCAAUCUGACGCCGGAGAAACAGGAAGCGGUGCUGCGCAAGAAGCUGGGUCAGGCCGUUAGCCAGUUAGACAAGGCCGAGACGGUGCUGCGUCACGUGGUGUCUGACCUGGUGACCGCCCUGACCAUUCGCAAGACAGUCAUGUUGCCGCACAUCACGAGUGGCCAGUUGCUGCAAGUCUUGAAAGACAGUUCUACUGACGGACAGGCUUUGGCGCGUGCAUUUCGAGCGUGUCUCGGGGCCACAACAGGACGAGGAGGCUGUGAGCUACAGUUUGUGCGCCGACCAGCUGUCCUCUAGCCAUGCCCCUUGGGACGUCACACCCCACGUGUUGGAUCAGCU